GAGGCCAGACACAGACCAGACCAGUCCAAACUCCAACGCCAUUGCCUUCCUCAGUUCCUCCUCUCCCUCUCUCUCUCUCUCUCUCUCUCUGUCUGUCUCUCUGUUCUUCUCCUGAACACAGACUUUGGCUGCUUCGUUGAUUCGGUUUCUUGUUUUUUGGAAGUGGAAGAAUGCGUUGAAGAAGAAGAAGUCGUCGUAGACUCUAUUGAUAUCAAUUUCACAUUGAGGGAGGUGUAUCUCACAAUUAAUAAGCAAUUGUGUUUCUAUCCCUAAGGCGUAAUUAUUUUAGCAUUGAAGAGCUUCUCCAAUGCUAAACUUGACAAGAACUAGAGCUCAGCCAAGGCCUAAUAGAUCUAUACCUUUGGGAGGUAUGGAGUACUUGGAUCCAAAGAAGAAGAGCAAUUUUGUUGGAAAAAUUCUUAUGGCUGCUCUCUUGACAGCAUUGUGCAUCCUUAUGCUCAAGCAAUCCCCAACUUUCAACCCUCCAAGCCCGUUUUCUCAUCAUGAACCAGGUGUUACUCAUGUCUUAGUUACCGGAGGUGCGGGGUAUAUUGGUUCACAUGCUGCAUUAAGACUUCUAAAGGACUCAUAUCGUGUGACUAUAGUGGACAACCUCUCACGGGGAAACCUAGGUGCUAUAAAAAUCUUACAAGCACUAUUUCCAGAGCCUGGAAGGCUUCAAUUUAUAUAUGCCGACCUUGGAGAUGCAAAAGCGGUACAUGAGAUAUUUUCUCAGAAUGCAUUUGAUGCUGUGAUGCAUUUUGCAGCUGUAGCAUAUGUUGGUGAGAGUACCCUUGAUCCACUAAAGUAUUACCAUAACAUCACAUCAAAUACCCUUGUUGUGUUAGAGGCUAUGGCAGCACACAGAGUCCCUACUUUGAUUUAUUCAAGUACAUGUGCUACAUAUGGAGAGCCUGAAAUGAUGCCCAUUACAGAAGAAACACCACAGCUCCCAAUCAACCCAUAUGGGAAAGCUAAGAAAAUGGCUGAGGAUAUUAUUCUUGAUUUUCAUAAAAAUUCAAAGAUGGCUGUCAUGAUUUUGAGAUACUUCAAUGUAAUUGGCUCAGAUCCAGAGGGAAGGUUAGGAGAAGCUCCACGUCCUGAGCUUCGUGAACAUGGGAGGAUAUCAGGUGCUUGCUUUGAUGCAGCUCGAGGAAUCAUUCCUGGGCUUAAGGUUAAAGGAACGGACUAUAAGACACCAGAUGGGACAUGCAUUAGGGAUUAUAUUGACGUUACUGAUCUUGUAGACGCGCAUGUCAAAGCACUAGAGAAGGCAACUCCUGGGAAUGUUGGAAUCUACAAUGUGGGCACUGGGAGAGGUAGAUCCGUGAAGGAGUUUGUGGAUGCCUGUAAGAAAGCAACGGGGGUACCAAUUAAGGUCGACUACCUUCCUCGCCGACCAGGUGAUUACGCAGAAGUAUACAGUGAUCCAACCAAGAUCAGGCUUGAACUAAACUGGACAGCAAAGCACACUGAUCUUCAAAAGAGUUUGCAGAUCGCGUGGAGGUGGCAGAAGUCGCAUCACAAUGGCUAUGGAUCACCUCGAGCAAUGGCUUCAUAAUAAUCCAUAGAUUAAUCGCGGAACAUUGACAAGAACACCAUACAUACACACUAUACACAUCAGUUUUUGCUGAUCUAGUGAUCUAGCAUCGAUAUUUUGCAGUACCCCAUUCAUGGCAAGAGCUUUCUUUAUUCGCUAUAGUCUUAUUAUAUAUACCAUAGAUGUGUGGGGUUAGGGUUGAGUUCAAUAUUUAUUCUUUCACACCUAUAGCCUAUAGGUAGUAAACAUAGUGAGGGUAUUAGUAAAGCAUGUAGGUAGAAGCUCAGGCAGCUUAUUUAUCCAUUCAUUGUUAUACUAGUGAAAUAUACAUGCGUUUUGAUAUAACGCAAGUUGAAGAGUAUACAUUUCUGUAUUAGUAAAUAUGAUGAUGAGAUCUAUAUUGAGAUUCAUAACAUCAUGAGAUAUAUAUAUAUUAAUAUACAGAGUAAUAAGCAUCAUGAAAUGGUUUACAUAAAA